AUGUAUAUACAUCUCAGCAUUAUCAUUAUUAUUGUUUCAGUUAUUAAAUCAAGUGUUGCUACUAUUGAUGUCUGUAAACUUUGUCAAUGUUCUGGUGAUUUAACAUUGAUAAAUUGUGACACAAAAGGAUUGCAAAAUCUUGAUGAUAUUGAUUUUCCAUCGAAUGUUAAAACAUUAACACUUAUUAAUAACACUCUUAAAUUUGAUACAAUAAAUGAUCGUAUAAAAAUCGAAUCUUUACCGAAAUUAACUAAUCUAAUUCUUAAUCAGAAUCCACUUGAAAUAAUUCCACCAUUUAACAUGCGAACCUCACAAUUUCUUUCAUUAGAAGAUACUUUAUUAACAUCUGCUGAAUUUCCUAUAUCUUAUAAUAAUUCUUCUCUACAACGAAUUUCACUUAGUAAUAAUAAAAUUCAUUCGAUAAAUGAAACUGAUUUUUUAGUUUUACAUAAUUCACAAUUAACUGAAUUAUCUUUAAAAAAUAAUCAAUUAAAAUCUUGUGAAUUUCUAUUAAAUUUACCUCGUCUGUAUUCAAUUAAUCUCGACAAAAAUCAAUUUACUUCACUUCCUCAACAAUUAACAACACCCGGAAAACUUAGAAACUAUUCAUUUAUGCAUAAUUUCAUAACAGUUAUUGAUGAAACGUCACCAUUGAAUAUAUGGUUAAAAAAUAAUUAUACUAAUAUGGAAAUUUAUUUAGCAAAUAACUCAUUGGAUUGCUGUUUAUCCUUAUGGUUUAUACGUUUUUAUUAA